AGUUUUUUCCUCGCCCGUUGCUAGGAGACCAAUUGUAAUAAAAAUAGAAGGCAAUGGCACCGAUAGCAGACGAAAAUUAUGAACCAGAUACAAAAAUAAUAAUAUUUAAUGCUUCAAAGCAAGAACUAUUUCAAUUUAAUGAGAACUACAAAAGCUUCCAUAGGAAAUUGAAGUCUGCAGCAAAAGUGGUUAUUAACAGGGAUGAGAUCAACUCGGAGUUGUUAAAAACUUGUUCAUUAUUUAUUCUGCCAGGAUCUCAAAUAAUUUUUGAAGACUCGGAAAUAAAGGCCUUAAUAAAUUACUUAGAGACUGGGGGAAGAAUGCUUAUAUGUUUGCAAGAGGCUAAUGCUGAUGAUCCUUGCAAUAUAAAUGUAUUAUUAGAACAUUUUGGGAUAACUCCAAAUAUAGACAGCCUGAUUCGAACACAUUAUUACAAAUAUUUUCAUCCAAAGGAAUGUUUCAUAGGAGAUGCUCAUAUAAUUUCUGCAAUCAAUAGAGAUAAAUUGGAAAUAAAGCUUGUAUAUCCUUUCGGUUGCACAAUGAAUGUAAUGAAGCCUAGUGUUAUUUUAUUUUCAAGCGGAUUUGCAUCAUUUCCUGUAGAUUGCCCCCUGGGGGCAGUAUAUUAUAAUGAAAAAACUGGAGGAAGAUUGAUAGCUGUUGGUUCCGGGCAUAUGUUUUCUGAUAAAUAUCUUGACCAAGAAAAUAACAACAAAUUUGGAGAAAUAAUUAUUGAUUUUUUAAAAGAUUCCAACAAAGUAAUUUUUUUACCAAAUGAUCAAGACGAUAUUGAUAUAUCCGACCGAAAUAUUGUCCCAGACACUGCAGAAUUAGCUGAGAAACCCAAGGUUUGCCUCACAGAUGUCACUGGCAGUACAUCAUACAUGGAUUACAUGAAAUUAUUUGAUCAUAAAGUUUAUUCAAUGAAUACCAAUCUGGUUCUUGAAACAUUAAAAUUGUAUGAAGAGUUAGGGGUGAAACAUGUUCAAUUGAAGAUCAUUACUCCAAAAUUUGAAGCUCCAUUUCCUGCACUUCAGCCUGCUGUUUUCCCACCUUCAUUCCGAGAAUUACCACCACCAAUGUUGGAAUUAUUUGAUUUAGAUGAAGCUUUUAGCUCCAUAUAUUCAAAGUUAGCGCAAUUUACGAAUAAAUAUAUGUUGUCCCCAAAUAUUGAUCAAAAUGAUGAAAACCUUUUGGAAAUGUACAUAUCUACUUGUGCCAGAAUUAUGAACAGCUAUAGUGCAAAUGGUGUGAAAGACAUUCUGUUCAUUAUGGGUAAGGAAAUUGCUGAUUUUAAGAGUGUUGAUAAUUUCAAUAUCUGAGAAUGUUAAGAAUGUUAAAAAAAA